CGUAGGCUUAACAGACUGUUUUAACUAGGCUAAAAUAAUGUUGGCCAAUGUUAUUGUUACGAUUGUGUUUUGUUUUAUUAUUGCUCCAGAAAUCAACGCAGAUCGCUCAAAGCUUCUAGAACAUCUUCAGAGCAAAAGUUGGCCCUGGUUUGGAGAAAAUUGUGUUAAGAUGUGUGGUAAUCAGCCCACACCUUACAAACCAUGUUUCAACUUAAGACCUGGCAAAGUUGAAUCAGUGUUAGAGAGAGCUGGGAUCCCCACCUCUGUAAACCUUAAAACAGAUCUCACUGUCAUCUUUGAAAGCCCCCAAGAGCCUGUUGAUGUGUGUGGCAAGCAAUUAUCCACAUCAGCUGUGAAGUUUAAGCUGAAUGAAAAUGGCAGAGCUGUACCAAAACGAUUAAAGCUUGGAGCAGAAAUCUACCGCAGCAGACCAAGCCUAGAUUGGUCAAUAGAAACGGGAGUGAAUUACACGCUUUUGUUUUGGGAUGUUGGGCUGCUCAGGGUCAGAGGUUACUGGUCAAAGAUUCAAAAAGUCAACAGUACAAUUAGUGGAAAGAGAAACAUAUUAUAUGCACCACCAGCAAAUCCUUCAAGAACAGUGAACCCAAUCCUGAUCAUUGUCAUGAAAGAACAGGAUGAGUUUGAUGAAAAACUUAUAACAAAAAAAUGCAGUAAACGGGUUGCAUCAGAAGAGGGGGGUGAAGAGUGUCGAGAAGCUGUCACGGCUUUGAUCAAAGAUGGACAGAAUAUUGUUGGGCUGCAGAUUUUCUAUACAGAUGGCUCUUCACUUUAUGAGCAGUACAGAGCAUGCAUUGAAGGCUACAUCUGCUCCACAUCAUGUGUUAGUAAAUUUAAGGAAUAUGCAAGACUUGAAAAACAAAAUAUAAAAUUUCUCAACUUAGAUCCAGAGAGCAUUGAUAUGUAUGCUAAUAUUCGAUAUUACUCCAUGUAUAAUGCACAAGUAAAUAAAGGUAGCUGCAAUAGAAUAUCCCAAAAUGCCCCAAUUUUUGAGUUUCGUCCUCGCCCAGGAGAUAAUUAUGAAGUUGAUAAAAGCUAUAAAGUAGGCAAUAUGUUUUUUUGGAGAUAUUUUCUUCUUGAUGUGGAGUUUUCUGGAGAUGAUACUAGCUUGACAGAUACAUCAACGCUAUAUGCUAUUCUGUUGGUUAGUCCUGAUGGGCAUAUCAAUGCAGGAGACUAUGGCAAUCAACCUCAAGGCUGCUUAUUCUAUGCCAAUAUGCAACUACCAUUUAAUGCUUCAGCUCCCAUGCAGUCUUAUAAAAUCAUGGAAUAUACUAAAGUUCAGCAAAUUCGGGUUAACAAAGUCCACUACUACAUCCUGCUGUUUUCUCACACUCAAAGAAUUACAGAAAAUCCAUUGUGCAAUGGAAGAGGUGAUAUGGUUUGUCAAAACUCUGGGACCUGACCAAACUACCGGCAGACUUUAAGCUGAGAGGGAUAAGCUGGUUCAUUGUUGUGAAAGAUGACUACUCAGAUUUUCUCUCUCAAACCGAGUGCCAGGGAGAAGGGGAGCCCAAAAUCGAACGCGAUCCUCCGGAAAUCUUUAAAAUUGCGACCACUGAAGAAACGGAUGCCGACCCAGAUGAAACAGUUGAUAUGUGUAAGGCAGUCGAUGAACCAAACACCCCACCUACUAACACCCCACCUUCUAACAUCCCACCUACUAACAUCCCACCUACUAUCCCACCGAAAAACUCUGCGCUAACUCUAAUCCAGGGGAGAAAACACUGGGUGAUUUGUUCUGUUCUGUUUAUAAUGAUCAGCUGAGUGUGUAUCCUGAUAUGUAUAUAACUUCAUCAGGAUAUGUGUAGUCUGAAUAAUCAGCAUAAUAUGUGAUCUGUUCUGAAUAUAAUUGAAAAGUGAAUAUAAAACAUGUUUUUGUAUAUAAUGAUCAGCAGAAUAUGUGAUCUGUUCUGUAUAUACUAAAGAUCUGAAUAUAUGGCCUGUUCUGUAUAUAAUUUAAAAAAAAGUUAAUAUUUGCUAUGAUUUGUAUAUAAUAAAAAUAAGAAUAAGUGCCCUGUUCUGUAUAUAAUAAUCAGCAGAGUGUGUGCUUUGUUCUGUACAUAUCAGAAUAUGUGUUGUGUUCUGUUUCUAAUUACUAGCAGAAUAUGUGCUCCAUUCUGUUUAUAUAAAUCAUCAGACUACCUACAAACAUUGUUCUAUUUUGACAUUUUUAUUUAAAAAAAUUUUUUUAGCAGUUUCAGUUGUAUGGUUUCAUUUUAGUUAAGGUAAAUACUUUAGAAAUGUUCCUUUUGUCAAAUCUGCAUGGUUGAUGUGGUUGAAAUCUGCCUGGAGUUGAUGUUGUAACAUCAGUGGUAUGGACUGGUCUGAUUGGGGUUGAUGUUGUAACAACAGUGGUAUGGACUGGUCUGAUUGGGGUUGAUGUUGUUGUCUGACUGGAGUUGAUGUUGUUGUCUGACUAGAGUUGAUGUUGUAACAACAGUGGUAUGGACUGGUCUGAUUGGGGUUGAUGUUGUCUGACUGGAGUUGAUGUUGUCUGACUAGAGUUGAUGUUGUAACAUCAGUGUUAUGGACUGGUCUGAUUGGAAUUGAUGUUGUUGUCUGACUGGGGUUGAUGUUGUAACAUCAGUGGUAUGGACGGGUCUGAUUGGGGUUGAUGUUGUAACAUCAGUGUUAUGGACUGGUCUGAUUGGAAUUGAUGUUGUUGUCUGACUGGGGUUGAUGUUGUAACAUCAGUGGUAUGGACGGGUCUGAUUGGGGUUGAUGUUGUAACAUCAGUGUUAUGGACUGGUCUGAUUGGGGUUGAUGUUGUUGUCUGACUGGAGUGGAUGUUGUAACAUCAGUGGUAUGGACUGGUCUGACUUACAACAUAUUCCUCCUGUGACCACUUGUGUAGCAUUUUUAAGUAUUGUAUUGUAU